AUGGGCCGGCACCAUUCUAUGAAAUUACCUGAACAUUUAUACCUUCAACAACUUACACCUCCACCAACGCCGCCACCGCCUGUCUCUGCUCUUCCCUUUGCCUCUUCGCUUCUAUCGGUUAGAUCAGUGGUAUAUCCACCGGCUCCCUCUGUCCUAUUCCACGAUGCAUACGGAGCACGUGCUGUCAUUAGUGAUAAGAUACCAGGGUUCAAAACUUCUGCGGCAUUCUUUACUACCUUGAGAGCCAACCUGACUAUCGACCUUGACUCACCGAUUCCUUCGUGCUGCAACACCCCAGAUCUCCGACCUACGCUUCGUCCCUCGGUCAAUUCUAUUCUGCCACUCCCCUCACCACUGGCCUACAUGGCCGACGAUGAAUACCCAUUAGAAAUUCCCUCAAUAUCACAACCGCCCUCCAACCCUCCACCUCUGACCACAACAGUCGUCACCUCCGAGGACGACAAGGUCGAGGUUCUUCACUUAAUUGCCGACUCCGUCGCACAACAGCGCCAAUAUGCGUCCAGCGCCAUCCUUUGGCAUCCACUGAUACUGUCUUCCAUGGUCGCCCUUUUCGCAUACCUCUACAAAUACUUCUACACAGCUGGAACUUCGAUCUCGCCGUUAUUGGCACAACAGGGUUACAUCGAUGAAGCCGAGUCCGUGGGCACGUGGAAGUGGCUCGACAAGGAUCGCUCUUCGGAUGCCAACAACACUAUAAUAGGCGAAUCCGACGACCUUGUCCUGUCACGCUUCGGCGACAUUCCCAUCGGUGCUCUCAUCCUCCGCGGAGUCAGGCCUGGCAGAAAUGGCUCACAUUCACGGAAUGGCAGCAACAAGUCGUCCCGGCGGCAGAAUAGCAACGGCAGGAACUCACCUGUGCCCAUCACAGGCGUCAUCCGCGGCUGGACCACCAAAAACCGUUACCGUCGGAAAGGCGUUGGUACGGAGCUUCUUGAAGAGGCGGUCAAGAUCUGCCAGGAUCGAGGGUGGCAGGGCCCAGAAUUUGAUGCGGACCAUGCAAACAGUAAGCGCAUGCUCCCAGGAUUGUUCAACGGGCCUUUUGAGAAAAGGGACAGGCAGGCGAGGAAUCUUCUGGAAAGUGUAAAGCAAGAGAUGGGAGUGGCGGAUGAUAGAUCAGUUUCGACGAAGAAGAAGCGCUAG